GCCCGUGAAGUACAUCUGGCACGGCGCUAACAAGUAUGGCGAGACGGCCUACAACCUCAACUGCAACUCGUGGUCCUCGUCAUCGUCCAGCGCCUUCGGAAUGGCCUCCUCGCUCAACAGCCUGCAACUCCUCGACCAGAAAAAGAUCGCAUGCGACAACCAGCUUAUCGUCCUGUGCAUUGAGACCACCAGCAGCCUCCCGAAGCGCAGAAAACGCACGGUUGUAGAAGAAGAAAACGAAGACCGCAGUGAAGACGAAAUCGGAGAGGGAAAGACAGAGAACGGGAAAGAGAGGGAGGACCCUGAAGCCUUAAGAAAGAAUGAGAAGGACGAUGAGGAGGAAACCGAUUUUCCCGCAUACAGCCCGGUCUCGCAGCCGCUGGAAUCGACGAGCCCAGCUUAG